GCUUGGCGGAGAGGGGGAAGGGGUCGCCGGGGCUGCCGCCGCUCCCGCUCCUCGAGUUGGCGGCUCCCUCGGGGGCUGCUAGGCGGGCGUCGAGUCCGCAGGGCGCGCGGCCGCGGUCGCUGGGUGACACGCUCAGCCGCGGCCAGAGGCGACAUGAGCGCCGCGGGGCUGUUGGCUCCGGCUCCGGCCCCGGCUGGAGCACCGCCGGCCCCGGAGUACUACCCCGAGGAGGACGAAGAACUGGAGAGCGCCGAGGACGACGAGCGCAGCUGCCGCGGCCGCGAGUCGGAUGAAGACACUGAAGAUGCUAGUGAAACUGACCUGGCAAAGCAUGAUGAAGAGGACUAUGUAGAAAUGAAGGAACAGAUGUAUCAGGAUAAACUGGCUUCCCUCAAGAGACAGUUGCAGCAGCUGCAGGAAGGUACGUUACAGGAAUAUCAGAAGAGGAUGAAAAAACUAGAUCAGCAGUACAAAGAGAGGAUCCGAAAUGCAGAGCUCUUCCUCCAGCUGGAAACUGAACAGGUGGAGAGAAACUACAUUAAAGAAAAGAAAGCAGCGGUGAAAGAAUUUGAAGAUAAGAAGGUAGAGCUGAAGGAGAACCUGAUUGCUGAGCUAGAGGAGAAGAAGAAAAUGAUCGAAAAUGAAAAGCUGACUAUGGAGCUGACGGGAGAUUCUAUGGAAGUGAAACCCAUCAUGACCAGAAAGUUGCGGAGGCGACCAAAUGAUCCUGUCCCCAUCCCAGACAAGAGGAGAAAACCCGCUCCUGCCCAGCUAAACUAUUUGUUAACAGACGAACAGAUCAUGGAGGAUCUGAGAACGUUAAAUAAGCUUAAGUCACCCAAGAGACCAGCAUCCCCGUCCUCUCCUGAACACUUACCUGCCACCCCGUCAGAGUCUCCAGCUCAGAGAUUCGAAGCUCGAAUAGAAGAUGGGAAACUGUACUAUGAUAAAAGAUGGUACCACAAGAGCCAGGCCAUCUAUCUGGAGUCAAAGGACAACCAGAAGCUGAGCUGUGUGAUCAGCUCUGUCGGAGCCAAUGAGAUCUGGGUGCGGAAGACAAGUGACAGCACCAAGAUGAGGAUUUACUUGGGCCAGCUUCAGCGCGGGCUCUUUGUGAUCCGCCGGAGGUCAGCGGCUUGACUUUUCUACAGUGUUCUUCCCUUGACCUUUUUUCUGGAGUGGUUUUUCGUUUUGUUUUCUUCCAAAUAGAAAGUUUUUAACCCGGGAAUUGCUCCUUGGCCUUGGAAACUGGGGAGCACUAUCGUGGAUUCUGCGAGGCUGUGGUGGCAGGCGCUUCCGUCUUUGCGUUUCUCCUUCCUGCCUCGACCUCUUCCGGCCAGCCGUCACCGUGAACUCUUGCUUUGGGGAGUGUUGCGAGUUCAAUUUACUCAUUUCUUUGUGGUUUUUUUUUGGCUUAUACUUUGUCUUUUUUUUUUUUUUUUUUUAAGCCUCCUUUGAGUUUGAAGGGAUAUCUUUUUUUUAAUUGACUUUAGGUCUUUCUACCAGGAAGGGGUACACUCUACAUUGCAUUUUCAUGUUUUGAAUCUGAUUAGUGGAUCACGUAGCUCUUUCCCUUGUCGAGCCCAAUUCACUGUUUCCCCAGAAGCUUGGGGCAGAGGUCUUAGCAGAAGGAGAUUAAUUCUCCUGGCUCUCAGCCUUCUCUGAGAAAUAAAUGCCUUGUGUAACAUCUGGCGUAUGCCAUCCAUUCCACUGGCUGAGCGACAGAAAAAUUUGCCUGGGUGGCUACGUGCACUGAAGGAAAUGGGGUUGGGGGGAGGGGGCAUCUCAGGCUCCAAAUGUGCUGAAGGUACCGCAUUUGAAAUGUUAUUUAAUGCAAGUGGUUUAUGCAGACACAUUUGUUCUAGCUCAAGCUGGAGCAACUGGUCAUUUCAGAAGUUUUUAUUUCUAAUUCAUUUCUGUUUCCUGCCCGUAAGGAGAUGAAGUACCUCGUGCCGACCAAUUAUCUGGGUUAUCUAUUGUAGGUGGGGAGGGGAAACUGACUGGGCAGUCAUCAGUUAUCUGUGAACUCUCACUCAUAAUUCCAUUUGCACACUCUUGUCACUGAUGCCGUCACUGCACACGGACUGUUUCCAGCCUGUGGACCUUGUCAGCGCCCCCAGCCUCCCAGGAGGUCUGGCCCAGGCUGAAGACAAAGGAAGCUCUGCUGCGGCUGCCACUCACCAAAGGAAGCCUGGGGGCAACAACCUUCCCCACACUCCUUGCCUUCUGCUGCUCAUUUCCAGCCUUGGAGAGAUGGUUCACUGGCAGAUGGGGCUUUCUGGUUCAUAGCUGCCACCGUAGAAUAUUUAAAGAAUUUGGAGUUAGAGCAAUGGUUAGCAUCUCUGUGGGAAAUUAGUAGACCUUAUGCAUCCUAGGAAAUCUUGGUAUGUCAUGCCCUCGGUCUCAGGUGAUUAUCUUUGUGUCAUUUCUUGAUAUAUGCACCCAAAAGCAAGUUGGGGGGCCGUGAUGACAAGCGAAAUCACCUUGUAAGUCCUGGUUUCAAUAGAGACCAAACCUUACUGACUCAGUAGAGGCAUGUACAGAUUUGUUUUUGUUUUAAUUUAUAACGU